UGCAAAAUGGCCGACGAAGUAGCAGAUGAAUGGUUUUUUGGAAAACUUGUUGUUUUUUCAAGUUGUCUGAAGCUUUUCCUCUUACAAACAUAUCGUUCAUCUGACUUUGAAGUUCACCGAAACUGGCUUGCUAUUACUAACAGCUUACCAAUAUCAAAAUGGUAUUAUGAGGCGACAUGCCAAUGGACUCUUGACUACCCUCCGUUCUUUGCUUGGUUUGAAUUUCUUCUUUCGCAAGUUGCUACACUUGCAGAUGCUGAAAUGACUAAGAUUAAAAGUUUGGAAUAUGCCAGCAUUCAAACUGUGGUUUUUCAACGUACGAGCGUUAUUGUAGCAGAUAUGAUGUUGGUUUAUGCCAUGUACAAAUAUUAUUGUCAUAUCACCAAUGAAAAUUGUUUAAAUCAAUAUCAAUCAUCAAUUUAUGUGGUCAAAAAUAAAGCUAAAUUUAUUAGCAUUUUUAUUUUGUUGAACUUUGGAUUGAUAGUAGUGGAUCAUAUUCACUUUCAGUAUAAUGGCUUUUUAUUUGGAAUUCUUCUAUUAUCUAUAACUAGAAUGCUCGAGGAAGAAUUUUUGUGGUCUGCAUUUUGGUUUUCAGUUCUUCUCAACUUCAAACACAUCUUUCUAUAUAUAGCUCCAGUUUAUUUUGUGUAUUUGUUGAAACGUUAUUGUUUCAAGCAGAAAGGUUCAACAAAGUCUGUUUUCCCAGGACUCGAUAUUUGGGAGUUUUUGCCUUUACAAUUCACGAAGCUUGGGUGUCUAGUCGUUUUUGUUUUUUCUCUAUCGUUUGGGCCUUUCAUUGUGAUGGGUCAAUCGAAACAAGUUCUUAAUCGUUUAUUUCCGUUCAAACGUGGUUUGUGUCAUGCGUACUGGGCGCCCAACUUUUGGGCGUUGUAUAACGCAUUAGACAAAGCUCUUGCUAUCAUAGGGCGAAGGAUGGGUGUUAUUGAUUCCAAGAACAUCCAAUCAGCUGUAAUGACUGGAGGUCUUGUGGGUAAUUACAAACAUACUGUGUUACCUUCGGUAUCUCCUUUAGCAACUUUAAUACUAACAGGAAUGUUUAUUAUGCCUUGUCUUAUGCAGCUGUGGAUAAAGGCAAACAAGACAAGACAAUUUUUGAAAGCCUUAAUAUUGUGUGCAUAUGGUUCCUUUCUGUUUGGUUGGCAUGUUCACGAGAAAGCUGUUCUUUUGAUAACUAUACCUUUUAGUCUGCUGUCGUUUGAAAGUAAACUCUUUUCUCGUAUAUAUAUAAUUCUAUCAGUAUCAGGAAGUUUUUCUUUAUUUCCAUUGUUGUUCCAACCGAACGAAACACCGAUUAAAGUGAUUUUGAUGUUGAUGUACAUGCUGUUUUUGUUUUGGUCUCAAUCGAGAAUACAUAGUGACAAAAGUCAGCAUCUUCUCAAGUGGUUUGAAAAAUUCUAUCUUCUUGGAUUUGUUCUGUUAGAAAUUUAUAAUUUGUUAAUUCACAACGCUUUGCAAUAUACAAAAAAACUUGAAUUUCUUCCAUUAUUGCUGACAUCUGUCUAUUGUGCUGUUGGAAUUCUCUGGUCUUGGAUUUUAUUUUAUUUUUCUACUUUUAUGGAACAGUCCAAAGUAGCUAUGGACUGAAAACUAAUGUCGAAAUUUACCACAACUUCGUCAAAGUACCUGUCUGAUUCUAUUGACAAUGACACUAAAAUGUAUUACCAAUAAAAAAAUAAUAAGUUGAAUAUUUUGGCUGAGAUGCUCAGUUUCAGCUGGCUCCUA